AUGAAUAUAUUUCGACUCUUAGGAGAUUUCUCUCAUUUAGCAGCUAUUAUUAUUUUAUUAGCUAAAAUUUGGAAGACACGUUCAUGUGCUGGUGUAUCCGGUAAAAGUGUUUUACUUUAUGCAAUUGUAUUUACCUGUCGUUAUCUUGAUUUAUUUGUUCAUUAUGUUAGUUUAUAUAAUACGAUAAUGAAAGUGAUCUAUCUUAUUUCAACAUAUUUUACACUUUAUUUAAUUUAUAUAAAAUUUAAAUCAACAUAUGACCGUAAUCAUGAUACAUUUCGUAUUGAAUUAUUAUUAUUACCUUCAGCUGCACUUGCUUUUGUUUGGAAUCAUGAAUUUUCCGUACUUGAAAUUCUUUGGACAUUUUCAAUUUAUCUUGAAUCUGUUGCUAUACUUCCUCAAUUAUAUAUGGUUACUAAAACAGGUGCGGCUGAAACAAUAACAAGUCAUUAUUUAUUUGCAUUGGGUAUAUAUCGAUUUCUCUAUAUUCUCAAUUGGGUUUAUCGUUAUUAUAUGGAAAACUUUCUUGAUUGGAUUUCAAUUGGAUCUGGAAUUGUUCAAACAAUUCUGUAUUGUGAUUUUUUUUAUUUAUAUGUAACGAAAGUUCUUCGCGGAAGACAAAUACGUUUCUCAGAAACUGUAUAA